GAACAGGUUCGUCUAGUUUUACUUUCCGUGCCAACGUGCGCGACCGCUCCGCUCGCGCGUUCUCUCACCCCAAAACCUCAGAGGUUUGAUGAAAUUGCGAGUGUCUCUUCGGUAAAUAAGGACACACUUGGAGGUCAGGAGCUUCAGGGGCUUUAAGAGUGAGGCAGAGAAGCCAGUCUUAGAGACACAAACACAGGAACCUGUGGCAGAACAGAAGAGAAUAAACAAGAGGGAAAUUAAUUACUGGAAGGAAAAAAAAAAAGCCUGCUCCCAAGGAUGUCUGUGGACACUCUGGAUCCAUCUUCACGGAGACUGACCAAAAUGCCCGAUACACAAUCAUCUACAGGCCCCCGCAAGCCAAGUGCAGUAGAGCGCCUGGAGGCGGACAAGGCCAAGUACGUCAAGAGCCAGCAGGUGGCACUGAGCAAGCAGAUGCCAGUUGUCCGCAAACCACUGAUGGCCCCUGACAACAGCAGGCAACUUCGGCCAGGGGCCAUGCAGCCAACUCGAAAGACUCCAACCAGGUCCACUGCAAAGUGUGAGGCUCCACCACUGGACUUAAAGCACUUGAGCAACUUGAUUAAUGGAGUUAGUGAUACCAUUGUACUUUCCACACGUCUACAGUCAGACAGUCCUGAGAAAACGGACAAGUCUGAAGGCUUCAACCCAUCCCAGCUUCUUGCCCCGAUUUCAACAUUGGAUGAAGAGCCCUCCAUCAAGUCCAUUUCAUCUUCAGUGCCUCCAGUGAAGUUGUUAGCAGAUGGGUCAGGAACCAACGUGUCUUGCACGGUUACAGUCCGGAGGGUGGAUGUUAGGCCACAGGUGCCACAGAUGAGGAAGCCACGUACACCACAGCAACAGAACCGUCCACCUUUGCAACUGCCCGAGCAACGCGUCCACUCACAGCUUCUGCAACUGCUCAGGCCAUACACCCAGCCUCAACCACAGCCGCUAAAACCCAUUGGCAUCAUAAGCAGGCGAGAUGUAGUUAUCCCCAAAUUGAUUCCACUUAAAACCUCCACAAGUCCGGUUGAAACUUUGCCUUCUGCAGAACCCCUGAAGAGCCCAACUCCUGCUUUGCUCUCUCCGGUUAGAUCCCCAAAAGAUACCAUCCCUGAUGUCCCACCACUGGCUUCUCCAGCCAUCAGAUCUUCUGCAUCCACCAGCAGUGUCCCACCACCAAGUUCUCCAGCAAUCACCCGCAAAUCCUCGGUAAGCUCCAGGAAGCGACCCUCACUCACCCGCUCCAAGUCAGAUGUCAGUGAUCGCUUCUCCCGUGCUGGUGCAGAGGUUGAACGCUUCUUUAACUACUGCGGCCUUGACCCUUCCGACUUUGAAGAGCUGGAGCCUGGCUCCGACAUUGCAUCUGUUUCACGGCUCAGGAGUGCAAGUGCCCCUGCUUCAGAGCGCUCGGCUGAAGGACAGGAGGAAGAUGAGGAAGAGGAAGCGGCUAAAGAUGAGAAACCCAGCUAUGGCAUUUCAGUAAUUGAGAGGAAUGCAAGGGUCAUUAAGUGGCUGUAUGGAAUGCGCCAAGCCAAGGAUAGCACCAAGGUUGCCAACAUGUAGAGAACAAAGGCAAGCUGCAUGGAUUAGUACUUGCUUCUUGCUGUUCUUUAAAGCACUGACAAAUUUCUUUCCAACUGAAGACUUACUAUAAAGAACUCUAUCACCUGUAGAAACAGUGAUCUUUAAGGGCUCUGAAGGGUUUAAAAGUAAUGAACAGGAUUUGGCAAUGUCAUGUGUGCUGUUGCUGAUCCUGGGACGAUAAUUGCUGGAUUUAUUGUGUACUACCCUCUCCAUCUACUUCUAGAGAACCUUACUUGGUACUUUGGAUGAACAAAAAGGUCACUAACAAAGGGCUAGAGCUUAGGUCUUCAAAGUCUGAUGUUUUUGGCAAUGGAUUUUGUAGCCAUGAUAUUAGGUGGCUGAUCAGUUACAUCAAGAGGUUAGUUACUUAACACUAAUUAGAAAAUCCAGGACCAGAAAAUGGAUUCAUGUGCCUCAUUUGAAAUCCUCUGGGCUAGAGGAUGGCUAACACAGACUGGACAUGGACAGAUGGACUACAGUCUCUGACUCUACACCAGGUGGUCCCUGAAGGUAGGGGAUUCUGAUAAAGUGGACUGCAAAUAUGCUUUUUAUGUAUUUUCAGGAAUGUCUGUUUUUGUGUUUUGUUCUUCAGCAUGAGAAAUGACCACUCCAAAUUUUGUGUUAAUGUUCUUGUAUAUGUUUUUGCGCCAAAGUGUUUGUUUUCUAUGGGUAGGGGGUUUGUGAAUGGCGUAACUCAGCAUUCUUUCGAACAGUCUUGUUUUGUAAUGUAGGGCCUCCACAUUCUGAACUGAGUGCAAGGAACUAUGUGAAUGUCCAUAACAUUGCCUUUAUAAACAGUGUUGACAUCAGAUGAUGAUGUGAUAAUGAUAGAUUGACAUAAUAAAUGUGAAUAAAUUGAA